CUCCGCGAGGUGCUCCACGGCCACUGCCGCCUCAGUCCGCGCCGGGCGCUUGUGACAGGCGGGCCCGCGAUCGGGCGCCCUCCGGCAGGUCGCGGUGGCCGAGGCUGCGGCGCGACAGAGGUGACGCCGAGGGGGCUCGUCGGCCAGCCGGUAGACGAGGGCAGGCUAGCCCGCGUUCGGUGCGCGCUCGAGCAGGCGGUGGCGGCCGACUGCCCCCGCGCGACCAACUCGCCCCUCUGGGGGCUCGUGGGCCAG